AUGUUCACUGCCCCUUUAAUAGCCAUGGGGGCCACCCUGGGCACGGCCUCGGGGCUCUUUGCCCUCUGCGGAUUCCUAUUCCUGUGCAAGUAUCUCCGUAAGAAGAAGAUGCCGCCCGACAGCGGGGAAGGAACGCCGGUCACCAUGGCCAGCGUUCUGCAACCGGGGCAAGUGAUGAAUGUUUUUAAAUGCACGGAGCCGGUCCAGCCCCAGGCCAAGCUCUGCUUCCCUCACAUCAUCUCCUCCAAGCAGACAUCUCCGGAGAUUGUUAAUUGCAAAGAUCGCUCUUUGAUGGCGGCGGGAAGCGAUGAGAUGGAUGCAAAUGAGGCUGCAGAAAACUCAACACUGACGGCUAUUUCAGGAGCGCUGAUAUCAGAUCAUUGUGGGAAUACUCCUUCUUCUGACAAUGAGGAUUCAGAAAAAGCGAACAGCCCACUUCAUGUUCCAAAGCUGCGUUACUCCCUCGGAUACGACCGGCAGACAGCCGAGCUCUGUGUAUCUUUCCUGGAAGCCGUAGGUGUGCUGCUGCCUGGAGAGGAGGAUUCUGGGAGUCACUGCUACGUUUUAGGCACACUGAACACUCAGCGCGGACGGACGGAGGGCCAGACCGCCUUGGUGAAAAGAUCGGCGCACACUGUCUGGGAGGAAGCCCUGCUGUUCCCUCUGCAGGAGGAGGACCGAGCCCAAACCACGCUGACCCUUACCCUGCGCAACUGCGACCGAUUCUCCAGGCACCAGGUGGCCGGGGAGAUCACCCUGAGCCUGGCCAAUAUUGGCAUUCCAUUUGGUACGGCGCGAUGGGUGGACCUCAGGGCACCGGAAAAGGAUGUUGACUCCACCAGUGAAGUUCUCCUGUCUAUGAGUUACUUGCCGGCAGCCAAUCGUCUUAUUGUGGUACUGAUCAAAGCCAAGAACAUACAUUCCAAUCAAAACAACAAUCUCCUAGGAAAAGAUCUCUACAUGAAGGUCACUCUCUGGCAUAAGUCUCAGAGACUCAAGAAGAAACAAAGCAAAAGGGCAAAGCACAAAAUUAAUCCUGUCUGGAAUGAGAUGAUCAUGUUCGAGGUGCCAUCGGAGCUGCUGAAAGAGGUCAGAGUAGAGAUGGAUAUGCUCUGCCAGGAACCUGGUGGGGGCCCAAGUUACUCCCUGGGUACCUGCAGUCUGGGGUCAGAUCUGACUGCUACAGGAAAAAGUCAUUGGCAAGAGAUGAUUAACAACCCCAGGAGACAGAUAGCCAUGUGGCACCGUUUGCUUCCAUGA